AUGAGCAACGAGGCAAUUCAUAUAAUUGAAAAUGUGAAGAAGAAAUUACAGAAAUAUUCCGAAACAAAUCAGGAUGAUAAAGUGCAAGAAUAUCUUACCAAAUUACAGCACGUGGGUGUUACUAUUGAUCUUCUAAAAAUAACACACGUUGAUUAUGUUGUUAAACGACUAUGUUCACAGAAUAACAAUGUUUAUAGUGAAACAGCAAGAAAUUUAUUGACAAAAUGGAUCAGUGAAUCAAAGAAAAAUGGUCACAGUAUGAAUGGAAAAUUAAAUACGAAUAAAUCAACGAAAAAAAGAAAAUCAAACGAAGAUAUUUUAAAUGAAGCAAAUGAGUCACAAUCACCUCAUAGUUGUGCAACAGCAAAUAAACAACGGAAAGUUUUAUCUGUGAAUGAAUAUCUCAGUAAACGUUCGUCGACAGUAUUGACAACACCACCCGAUUCUUAUCCAUAUAAGAACGAUCAAUUAACAGCUGAAUUGAUGAAUGAUAAUCUUCAGUACAAUAAUACUAAUUUGACUGACAUUCAAAUUGAAGAAUUGCGUGAUUCAUUUAAUAAAACCACGGAUCUACUCGCUUCUAAUGCACCAAAACUGAAUUAUAUUCGAGAUGAUAAUAAUAAUGAAAGAAGACAACCAGCAUUAUUUACAAAAGGGUUGUCAAAGUCUAAUCUAACAGUAAUGGAUUCACAACAGAAUGAAAAUCACAGGACUAGUGCUGAUAAAUUUAAAGAUUUAUGGGCACAGGCAUCCGAUGAUGACGAAGAAGACACACCAGAACAACAACAAACAAUGAUGUUAAAAAAGAGCGUCGUUAACAAUUAUUCAGGACAAAAAACAAACAAACAAUCAGCUGCAACAUCAUCAACUUCAAGCAAAAUAAAGAAUAAAUCAAAACACACGGUUGGUCAAUGUAAAAAAGUAUCAGAGACAACAAAAACAGAACUUUUUUCAAAAAAGACCGUUCAAUCUCCAACAAAAAAUUCAGUAGAAAAGCAAAAAAAACAAGAUAAAAUAUCAUCGACAUCAGAGAAAACUCAGUCUGAACAUUCAAGACAACAACAAGCCAUAACGGCUAUAGUUCGAUCUAGUCCACCCCCAGCUUCUCGUCCAGUUACAACUUCAUCUUCUCAAUCUACGGUAACCAAACCGGCUGCUGUCAAUAAUACAUCAUUGCAAUAUUUGUCGUCUCGUCGUGAAAGACCUCAGAUGUAUUCUGGGAAAAGGACAAUACGUGAUUAUAUACCAAAACUUGAAAAUUUGUGUCUUGAUACUUUAAAAGAACAUAUCGACGUUAUUUCUCAUCGUUAUUUCAAUUUGUUGCCAUAUGAAUUAUUGCAACCGGUUAUCGAGCUUGCCACAUCGGACCAAUUGAAAAAUAUUGUGUAUAAUAAUCAGAACUAUGCUGAUGAUAUUGAGCCAUUAUGGCAACGAUUUUGUCAACUUGAGUUUAAAGAGGCAGUUCCAGAUGAAAAUGAAUCAUAUUUUGAAUUAUAUUGGCGGAAACGUGAAGAAAAAGAAGAUUUAUUUCGAGAAGUAACAUCAAAAUUGUCUCAAAAGUUUGCUCAAAAAGAUAAUACAGCCCGUAAAACAAAAUUGGCUGAUCCAAAAAAACUUCCACACGAAUAUGCUAGACAAAUUCGUAAUCAGCAAGCGGCCUCAAAUGGAAAUGGAAGUCAAUCGCAAGUAAUCAACAAUAUUCGCCUAGCUAUUCCUGCUCCGUCAAAUAUGCGACAUGACCGAGUAACCAAAAGAAAUGGACGUCCGAUGCUUCGCGAAGGUGAUACAGGCGAUUGGAUUGGAUCGUUCAUUGGGCAUAGAAGCGCUGUUUGGAGUGCUACAUUAACUGGCAAUGCUCAAUUUGCUGCAACAGCAUCUGCAGAUUUUACUGCAAAAUUAUUUGAUGCUCUAACUGGACAAGAAUUACAAACAUAUCCUCAUAGUCAUAUUGUUCGAUCUGUUGAUUUUUCAUAUGAUAAUAAAUCAUUAUUAACAGCUUCAAAUGAAAAAUUAUUGAAAAUAUUUGAUAUAAAUGUACCAACAGAGCCAUUGAAAACAUUUACCGGACAUGGUGGUGCUGUUCGACGAGCUAUUUAUAUGGAUACAAAACGAAUUGUUAGUGCAUCAGAAGAUAAAACUGUCAAAAUAUGGGAUAUUGACAGUGGUGAAUGUUUAUCAACAAUUAAUUUUACAACAUCACCGAACAGUCUCGAAGUUUCACACGACGGACAAUCAAGUUUAAUUCUAACACAAGGCAAGAAUGUUGAAAUAUAUGAUGGAAACAGUUUGCAAAAACGUCAAUCGUUUGAAAUGCCGUGUAGAAUCAAUGCCGCAUCAUUCCAUCCAUCAUCAAAAGAGUUUGUUUGUGGCGGUGAAGAUCUGUUAAUUUAUAAAUAUAAUUACGAAACUGGAGAUUUACUGGAAUCCUAUAAAGGACAUUUUGGUGCUAUUCACUGUAUGGCUUAUUCUCCCGAUGGUGAACUAUAUGCCAGUGGUUCAGAAGAUGGAACAGUCCGUUUAUGGCAAAACACAGUUGGUCGUACUUAUGGACUUUGGCGAUGUGAAGAUACAACCUUGGCAAAUGGUGAUACAACACCGGUUAGUAGCAACUAGAAUGACGGCAAUAGCAAUGGCAAUGUUGACGUGAAAGUUGAAACACAAACGCGUCUCCUUUUUUUGUUAUUAUGUUCGUUUGAGAUAUUGUUGAUCAAUCUUAUACAUGUGUGUGUGUGUUUGCGUGCGUAUGUGUGAUUUUAUUUAUGUAUGGCAUUAGUCAGUUAAAAUAUAUAUAAAGUGAAGCGACUUCAUGCAACAAUAAACAUGGGUAAACGUGUAUAAACCAGAUAUAUGAUCAUUGCGAAAGUUAUUUUUGCUGAUACAAAAGCUUAAGAAAGACUAAGACGACAAUAUCGAGCAAGCUGUCUAUAGCUUAUGAGACAUAAAAAAUAAAUUGAUAUUUGAAGGAAAAAGAGAUUCAACACGGCGAAUAACUACAGUUGAUGCCUAUCAGCUGCUACUAGACCGCACUUAACGUCAUCUCAUCACACAAAAAAUUGUAAAAUGUGACGGAGAGAUUUUUCGCAGUUGGGUCGUUGGUUCGCAUCAGGCUCAAAGUUUCAGCAAAAAGAAGUUUCUGAAUUUGAAUAAAGGGUACUCUAGGUAAUUUGUUCAGGUCCUUUUGCUGAUCACGAGUGUCAAUUUCAUGUAGCUUAAAAAGAAGUUUUUUGUUUGAAAUAAUCAACUUUAACAAUUUCAUCCAUAAUUGGCAAGUAUUUUAAAGUUGUCGACAGUGCUGUGCAACUUCUUAAUAAUUUCCUGGUCAGUAUGUAAUAUAAGUAUAGCAUUCUUUCUAUUUUAUUUCUGUAGUUCAAAAUCGAAAUGAAAAAUUUUACCAUUUUUCAAACUUGGAAAAAUUUAGUUUUCUAAUUCUUAUUCCGAAAAGUUCCGAGACAAAAACUACUUAAACUUGCUGAAUUUGUUCAAUUUUCAACGCGCUUCGAGAUGACACGUUUCGUCACAAUAUUCAUUUCACUAAAAACGUUGAUUUCUUCGACCGUUUCGAAAGGGCUCUUGGAAAUUCUAUAUCUUCGAAAUUGUUAUAAGAGUCAUUGCACGGAUAGAACGACCGAUUUCCUUGAACGAUGCUCAACUGAGGUUCAGUUUUCGCGAACAAACUUUCACAGCAGGCAGCGACAACACAUUUAGGAAGAUUUCCAAAAUGUUUUGACGGGAUAAUGCUUGCUUUAGAACUUAUAGCUUUUUUUGUGAAAGCCCUAACAACC